AUUAGAUUCAGGUUAAACCGGAUUUUGGGCACUUCUCCCGUAACUCUUCAUCUUCUCCGCAUUGCCUGUGUUUUCUGUACGUCUCUCUAUCGGUCGGUGAGAUGGUUCGCCGGUUUCUUACACUUUCUCCGGCGAUUUCCCGAUUGAAUUUCAACCCCAGAAUCUCUUUCCUUGCGGCGUCUCCUUCUCUCGGAUUACAAAAGCACUAUAACUAUAAGCUUAAAACCAAAAUCCCGACUAUUUCGCUAAUCUCUCCUUCCUCUGCACUCAAUUUUCGGAGAACACGUUCUUAUUCAACCGGAACUAGAGUUCACUCACUACCUAAAAGCGAAACUUCCAAAUUUGAUGAUAAUUUGGUUGUUCUGGGCAUUGAAACGAGCUGCGACGACACUGCAGCUGCUAUCGUGAGAGGGAAUGGUGAAAUUCUUAGUCAAGUCAUUUCUUCUCAGGCAGAAUUGCUUGCCCAAUAUGGAGGUGUCGCUCCUAAACAGGCUGAAGAAGCACACUCCCGGGUUAUCGACAAGGUUGUGCAAGACGCACUUGAUUGUGCCAAUUUAACCGGGGAGGAUCUCUCUGCUGUAGCUGUUACCAUUGGACCUGGUUUGGGCCUCUGUCUACGUGUUGGUGUGCAGAAGGCUCGAAGAGUAGCGUCCAGUUUUAAUCUCCCAAUCGUCGGGGUACAUCACAUGGAGGCUCAUGCCCUUGUAGCAAGAUUAGUGGAACAGGAAUUAAGUUUUCCUUUCAUGGCGUUGCUUAUAUCAGGAGGGCACAAUCUUGUGGUUCUUGCUCAUAAGCUUGGUCAGUACACACAACUUGGGACUACAGUUGAUGAUGCUAUAGGCGAAGCAUUUGACAAGACAGCAAAAUGGCUCGGCCUUGAUAUGCGAAGAAGUGGUGGACCAGCUGUUGAAGAACUUGCUCUGGAGGGUGACGCAAACUCUGUUAAGUUCAAUGUUCCAAUGAAACACCAUAAAGAUUGCAACUUUUCUUAUGCUGGAUUGAAGACACAAGUGAGGCUAGCCAUUGAAGCCAAAGAAAUCGAUGCUAAAUGUCCCGUCUCUUGUGCUACAAACGAAGACAGAAGACACCGUGCUGAUAUCGCCGCUUCUUUCCAGCGAGUCGCUGUCUUGCAUCUGGAGGAAAAGUGUGAGCGAGCAAUAGACUGGGCACUAGAACUAGAGCCUUCUAUAAAACACAUGGUAGUCUCUGGUGGUGUUGCUUCGAACCAGUAUGUACGGUUUCGACUCAAUGACAUUGCCCAAAACAAAAACCUGAAACUUGUUUGCCCUCCUCCUAACCUUUGCACAGACAAUGGAGUAAUGGUGGCUUGGACUGGUCUCGAGCAUUUUCGUGUAGGAAGAUUCGAUCCACCUCCACCUGCAAACGAACCUGAUGAUCUCGUGUAUGAUCUGCGGCCGAGGUGGCCUCUUGGAGAGGAGUACGCACAAGGGAGAAGCGACGCUCGUUCUUUGAGAACCGCGCGGAUUCAUCCGUCUCUUACUUCAAUCAUCCGAGCAGAUUCUCUUCUUCAACAAACACAAACUUAGGAGAAAAAAACAGAGGUCCAUCAAUAUCUAUUAAGCUUCUUUGUCUCUCAAAAUCUCAAUGUAGCCUUUUCAACAAACGCAUUUCCGGUUGAUAUUUGAAAUCAAUUUCAUGAAACCAAUGGUUUAUCUUCGUAUUCGGUUAUGUCCGGCUUCAUUUACUUAAGGUGUCCGGCUUCACUCGUGCUACGGCUGCCGUUAUCAUCUUUGAUUAGAGGAAAGCUGAUUGAACAGACUGGUUAGACCAGUCAGUAUCAAAACCAGGACAAAAUGAUGCAAGGACACAACACAAGCAUAGUAAUGAUAAGCUUUAUCCGGUUUCGUUUUGAUUUGAUUGAACAGACUGGUUAGACAGGUCAGUAUCAAAACCGGGACAAUAGUUGUUGGAUGAGCGACUAAUCUACUUUGUAAAUAUAUAAACAAUUCGCAAUAACUUCUACAUAUUAAUAUUUUGAUAAUAAUAUUCUUUAGUCCGAAAUUUAGCGUUUAAUCGAUUAAUUGUUAUAAAUUAGUAUCUCUCAAUAUUAGAGACAAAACAAUUUUAUUUCUUGAUCGACAUUAAAC